GGGAGGAGCGUAUCUCCCACACACCUUGUUUGGCCUAGUGUGUCUGCAGCGGACGGACGAACGCUUGCAACGUCUUGAUAAGUCUGAAAUUCCGAAAUCUCAGUUUCUCCCACUUUCUCUUCUCUUCAUACACCACUCUUCCCUCGCGCCUUGCACUAGGCACACAAGCAAGGCGGCAUCCUUUUCCUUCUGAUCCCUCGUUGAGGGCUAGCUUUGGAUAGUACAUCAUGUCUGCUUCUACAGUCGUGGUACCGUCGCGCUCGCUUCGGCGAUUACUCCCACCAUAAGAACCACCAACAAGGGUUCGGUAGGGACUACCCGGUUUACGAUUCAUCUUUACGGCACUAUCCUCUGGUCAACCAUGACCAGCGAAACGUUUUAUAUCAUAACGGCAAUUACGAGCAUGUUGACCCGACGAUCCUCCCGGAAUACGAUCUCUCCGGAUGUCUCGACGACAUUUCCUCCGAUCAUGAGUUGUUUCCGGACUUCGGACAGGACUCGCAGGGACCAACAUGGAAUUCUCCACCAGUGGCCGAGUCCUCGGAGGAGGAAGCCCUCGAAAAUCUCACAUCGACCACGCCAGCCUUUCCUGCUAGCUUCUUCAUGAAUCCUUUCGCGGUCUCAUUCCCUGGAGACAUCCCGUAUCAACCUGCGAUGUCAACAUCAGACUCUGGUAUCACCACGAUGCCUGCAAUAGCCCCUGCCUCAGAUCAGAGACGGAAUCCAUCUACUUUGCAUCAAGGAUCUGCAGUUGCUGAGGUCGCGCCCUCCACACUGCCACCACCAGCGAGUACUCCAUCACUACCCGCAGCUUCUAGCUUGCACAUAUCGUCGGCUACACAGUCGUCCAGCAGGAUUCCCAAAGCGCCUUCAGUUGCGACAGCUCAGCGCGUCUCGAGAACGACGACCGACUCUUCAACGGCCCACGGUUCAAAGAUCUAUUUCGUCGAUAUGACGGACAAGAAGGGGGCACAACGAAUCCGCAAUACCAUCAACUCGCGAAAGCAUCGGCAAAACAAGCUCGACAGAAUCAGAGACUUGGAGAAGAGGCUCGCUACUCUUGAAGCGGAGAAGGAGAAGUGGCAGGAGCGUGCGGAGGAUUUAGGGUGGAGGGCUUGAUAUUGUAGUCAAGCAGGGGGUCGUGAUCAAGAUAUCCAAUACCUGUAGAUAGAUAUCUUGUUUGAGAGAAGUUGUCAUGUCAUGAGUUCCUAUACAGAAUAUGUAACAUCGAAGUCCGGAUCAGUCUGGCUGAGCAAGCAACAAG